AUGUCUGGUGUUGGUGUUGCUAAGUUGUACAAGGCAGAAAAGGCUACUAGCACUCGUCACGGAUGCCGUUCGCCUCCAACGCUGCACGUCCAUUGGCCUUUCGGUCUCGACCGCCUUAAGCAGAUGGUUCAGGCAGAUGCAGAGUUGCGGUUGAUGCAGUUGUUCUUGUUUCACUUCCAGCAAACGGGAAGCACGCUGGAACAAAAGUUCCUUGGAACCAAGGUGUUUGGCACGAUGGAGCCGGCCAACCUAGAAGCCGUUCUCUCCACUCAGGCCAAAGACUUUGGAAUUGGCGCACGCCGGGCUGUUGCAAUGCCAAUGUUUGGAGAAGGCAUCUUCACCCAGGAAGGAGCUGACUGGAAACGCUCCCGGGACUUGUUACGCCCGCAGCUGCACCACAAGUAUUACAGCAAUCUUGAGACAUUCCGCAAUUCAGUAGAUGAACUGAUCCAUGCAGUAAGAGAGUGCAGAGGCACAGUCGACCUGCAGCCUUUGUUCUUCCGCAUGACGUUCGACACUACCACAGGCUUUCUUUUUGGAAGGUGUGAUAGUAGCCUGAGUGGAGCACAGGAGGGCAAGGAGCAUCGCUUUGCGGAUGCAUUUGAUACAGCCCAACAGUGGAUUAUCAAGAGGCUAAGGUUUGCCGGGUUUUACUGGCUGAUAGACAGUAGAGAAUUCCGCCAGGCCUGUAGGGACAUUCAUGCGUUCGUAGACCGUAACAUCGACGGCCAUGUGCAGAAGGUACCUGCCGAAAUCGAAUAUCCAGAGACACACAGCUUCAUAAACUCCAUUGCACAGGCCGCAUCUAAUCGAGCCGCCCUUCGAGCCCAGGCAAUCAGCAUUCUAGCGGCGGGAAGAGACACAACAGCCAGCCUUCUCUCCUGGGCAUUCUUCCUGCUCGUUCGCCACCAGCAAGUUAUGGACAAGUUGCGCACAGAGAUUGCGUCGACGUGUGCCACAGGCUCACAUCCCAGUCGGGACGAUCUGAUGAAGAUGCCAUACCUAACAAACGUGCUUAAAGAAACGUUGCGACUCUACCCGCCGGUCCCCGUCAAUAUUCGAACCGCCUUGAAGACAACCGUGCUUCCUACUGGGGGCGGACCGACCGGAGCCGAUCCAGUCCUCGUUCCGAAAGGGAGCAUAGUUGCGUUCAGUCUGUACUCGAUGCAUAGACGGCCGGAUCUGUACGGCAUGGAUGCCGAGUUAUUUCGUCCAGAGAGAUGGGAUGAAGAUAUACCUUUGAAGCAUAAUCCUACGAGUUCCAAGUGGGGCUACAUUCCUUUUCAUGGCGGGCCGAGGAGAUGCCCUGGAGCCGACUUUGCGCUCACAGAAGCUGGGUACACAAUCGUGCGCCUGCUUCAGAGUUUUCCAGGCCUAAAGCUUCCGUGUGGGGAGCGUCUUGAGUUACUUGGCGUCGAGAAGCAGAAAUCGACGGUGGUUCUAACGAUAGCAGAGGGUUGCAAGGUUGAUGCUAGCGGCGACUGA